AUGAUGGAAACUGAACUGAAACCCCCCGCACCCCAGACAAAUUCUGGGGGUACUGGGAAUUCAAAUUCAUCUGGAAACAACCAGAAAAACAGUCCAGACCGAGUCAAGAGACCCAUGAAUGCCUUCAUGGUUUGGUCGAGGGGACAACGAAGAAAGAUGGCACAGGAAAACCCCAAAAUGCACAAUUCGGAAAUAAGCAAAAGACUUGGGGCGGAGUGGAAGCUUCUAUCUGAGAGCGAAAAGCGACCUUUCAUUGACGAAGCGAAGCGUCUCCGUGCUCUCCACAUGAAGGAACAUCCGGAUUACAAAUACAGACCCCGGAGGAAAACCAAGACGCUGAUGAAGAAGGACAAAUACACUCUGCCAGGUGGGCUUCUUGCACCGGGCGGCAAUGGCAUGGGCGCGGGAGUGGGUGUAGGGGGAAGCUUGGGCGGUGGGGUUAAUCAAAGGAUGGACAGUUACGCACAUAUGAACGGCUGGACCAAUGGAGGUUAUGGCAUGAUGCAGGAGCAGCUUGGCUACGGGCAGCACCCUGGUUUAAACGCUCACAACAACGCGCAGAUGCAGCAAAUGCACCGCUAUGACAUGAGCGCACUUCAGUACAACUCCAUGACUAACUCCCAGACCUACAUGAACGGAUCACCCACGUAUAGCAUGUCCUACUCACAGCAGAGCACUCCUGGAAUGACUCUGGGCUCCAUGGGUUCGGUGGUCAAGUCAGAGUCCAGUUCCAGUCCCCCCGUAGUCACGUCGUCGUCUCACUCCAGGGGUGCUCCGUGUCAGACAGGAGACCUACGGGACAUGAUCAGUAUGUACUUACCGGGCGCUGAGGUGCCGGAGCAAACUGCCCAAAGCAGACUCCACAUGUCCCAACAUUACCAGAGCGCACCUGUACCCGGCACGACGAUCAAUGGCACACUCCCAUUAUCACAUAUGUAA